ACAGAUGAGAAGUUUGACAUCACUCGAUAGCUACUGUUACUGUUCAUGACUCUCUAUCUUUGAAUAGUUUAUAUGUGCAAGCCAUUUUGUGCCAGGAUGCUGUUGUUCAGAUCCUGGACCAUGAAAUCUUAUCUUAUCGCCCUACACGUGACAUUACUUUUGGGCAAGAUUUCUGGCUGGAGACGUGAACCACCACGCGCCCUGAGCCACAGAGCUGGAGCCACUUUGAAGACGUGCAGCAGCAGCAACCCCAUCAAUCGCCAAUCGCAGAACAGCUUGUUGCGCAAAACACAACACCACAUCAAAACGUCAAGAUGGCUCCCGCGCAACCAGAACUCAAGAAGUAUCUUGACAAGCGUCUCUUCGUCCAGCUCAACGGCAGCCGCAAGGUCAUUGGCGUCCUGCGCGGAUACGAUGUCUUUUUAAACAUUGUAAUGGACGAUGCGGUCGAGGAGAAGGAUGGCGGUGAGAAGGUCAAGCUCGGCAUGGUGGUCAUUCGCGGAAACUCAGUUGUCAUGCUUGAAGCGCUCGAGAGAAUUGGCGGCGACGACAGGGGAGGACACCGCGGCUAAGCACUCUCAGAUUCGAUCCUUUGCACGAAUAAAGUCACGGCGACGUCGGGCAGUAAUCAUUUCGUUAUCGCAUCACUUUUGGUAUCGGACAAUUGUGGGAAUAGGCUAUUGUAUUUUGGGCAGAGGGGUCUGGCGUUAUAUCAUUUGAGAAAGAAGAGAAUCGGAAGCAAGGACGGUUUAGGGCGAAUGGAAAGGAGAAAAAAACGAGAUACCCCAUCACCGACGCGUCCUUCCUCAACGGGUCUCCUCAUCAGGCUUCGGGUGCUCCCAGGUCUUUUCGUCGUACCCCUCCAUCAUCUCUCCGCCAUACGCCUUGACCCAUCCUCGGAUUCCACCCACCAUCACCUGCGUGGUCAUCUCCGCCGAGCACCCCGAGUCAGAUUCGUAGUCGGAACCAGACCCGUCAGAAACAGAAUUGAUAUAGUCCUGCAUCCAAGCGGCGCAUCUUGGUCCUCGGCCGUUGGAGGAGCCUGACCAUCGCGGUUAGCCUCGGACAGGCGGAUGCAGUGAAAAAGAGGCCAACACUCACCACAAUAGAAGACUAUCCUCUUGAUACCCGCCUGUUUGCACAAAUCAUAGAGCAUCGCUCUCAUCAAGUAGAAACUGUGAGCCGGAAUGUUCAGGGACCCCUGGAUGGUUCCUCCGAUGCAGUCUGUUCGCCGGGUGUCGACCAACAGGAACUCACGGGGUUGAGACUGGUCUCGGUCUUGAACAAGCCGGGCGACCUCAGACCAGGUUAUCUUGACCGGUGAUGAACUGGGCUCUGGAAAAGCUGACCACCACGGUGUCCCGUCUUCCCGUCGGGCCAUUUUGAGGCAAUGUUCGUGGACGUGGACUCCCAUUGCUCCGUUGUGUGGUGUGCGACCGCCCUGAUUUCACCUCACUGAAUGCCAAAAACUUCCGGCUGAAAAGUACGACUAGGGGAAAGAUAAUGUUUGGUCCAGAAGCCAGGUCGAUGGCUGAGAUGUGUAUAUAUGUCUGCAACCGUGUGAUAUCCAGAUUGCAACCUACCAAACACGGCCUGGCAGUCUCGCUCCGAAAAUGCCAAUGUAAGAGUCUUGAUAAGG